AUGGAUAAGUCGUGGAUAAAAGCUGAUAGGGAUUCCUUACAGUAUGAAAUAGGUGUUGAAAAUUUCUUGAUAUUUGCCGAGGAUAAUGCAAAAAACCCAAAAAAAAUUCGUUGUCCUUGUGCACGCUGCGUUAACUUCAAAAAAUUUCCGGUAGAUAUAAUCAGAGGUCAUCUGUAUGAUUCGGGUUUUAGUUUAGGAUAUUUUGAAUGGAUUUGGCAUGGUGAAGAGGUUUGUAACAGUACUAAGUUAGCUGUUGGUAGUAGUUGCCCUCCUCCAAAGCCCACACCACCAACAGAAACCUACAACGUAUGCGACGCAGCCUAUAGUAAGGACGAUUACAAUAAUGAUGAGUCUGAAGACUUCAAGAGGUUUGUUGCAGAUGCAGAACAACCUCUGUUUGAGGGAAGUGAGUGCACUAAACUAGAAACAGUCUUGAAAUUACAUAAUUGGAAGGUUAGGUUUGGGGUUAGUGAUAAGGCUUUUACUGAUCUUCUUGAGUCUGUUGGGUCAUUUCUUCCGAAAGACAAUGUGCUUCCAUCUAAUAUGUACGAGGCCAAGAAAACCUUGACUGAUUUAGGACUUGAGUAUGUAAAAUUCCACGCUUGUCCAAAUGAUUGCGUAUUGUAUAGGGGUCCACUCCUUGAGUCUUCUUCUGAGUGUCCAAAUUGCCAUUUGUCUCGCUGGAAAAUUGGGAAAGAUGGUAAAAUUAGGGUAAAUGUGCCGGCUAAGGUUAUGUGGUAUUUUCCUAUAAUCCCCAGGUUUAAACGAAUGUUUAAAUCUACUUCUACUGCCAAAUUAAUGGAUUGGCAUUCAGUGAAUCGGUCUAAUGAUGGGAAGAUGCGCCACCCCUCUGAUUCUCCUUCAUGGAGGAAUAUAGAUUAUAGGUGGCCUGAUUUUGGUAGUGAGCCAAGACACUUACGUUUGGGAUUAGCGGCUGAUGGUAUAAAUCCGCACAAUAACGGAUUAAACAACCGGUAUACUUGCUGGCCAGUUAUGUUAGUAACAUAUAAUCUUCCUCCAUGGUUAUGCAUGAAGAGGAAGUUUAUGAUGUUAACAACAUUAAUUUCUGGCCCGCAUGAACCAGGGAAUAAUAUUGACGUAUAUCUCGAGCCGCUAAUUGAUGAUUUAAAAAAAUUGUGGGAGGAAGGUGAACCAAACGUGUACGAUGCGCAUACUGAUUCUUUUUUCACUCUAAAGGCAGUUCUGAUGUGGACAGUAAAUGACUUCCCGGGGUAUGCCAACUUGUCGGGAUGCAUUAAUAAGGGUUAUAAAGCUUGUCCUAUUUGUGGUGAUCAGACUGUAGCUAAGUAUUUAAACCAUAGUAGGAAAAUGUCCUACCAAGGCCACCGUCGUUACUUAGAUAAAUAUCAUCCCUAUAGGAGGCUUAGGACAGCUUUCAAUGGAGAACAGGAAUUAGGUAUUGCGCCUGAACCACUUACCGGAGAAGAAGUUUUGGCGCAGCAACAACUUCUUAAAUUUAGUUUUGGAAAGGGGGGGAAGUCGAAAAAGGUCGAAUCUGCAUGGAAAAAACAAUCAAUUUUUUUUGAGUUAGAGUAUUGGAAGUAUCACCAUGUUCGACAUUGUUUAGAUGUCAUGCACGUCGAGAAGAACGUGUGUGAUAAUAUAAUUGGGACACUUCUCAAUUUGAAAUUCAAGACGAAAGACAGCCUUGCAUCGCGUCUUGAUUUGGUUGAGAUGGGACUAAGGCCUGAUUUAGCUCCUGAAAUAGGUGAAAAAAAGACAUACUUACCUCCUGCCCCUUUUACCCUGUCCAAGAAAGAAAAAAAAACAAUGCUGUCCUCAUUGUACAACAUGAAACUUCCAUACGGGCACGCUUCAAAUAUCAGAAACUGUGUAUCAAUGAUUGAUCAGAAAUUGUAUGGCCUUAAGUCGCAUGACUGCCAUAUUCUCCUCCAGCAGCUACUACCGGUUUCUAUUCGAUCAGUGCUUCCGAAAAAUGUUAGGGUCUCUAUAAUAAGAUUGUGUUUUUUCUUCAACAGUUUGUGCAACAAAGUUGUCGAUGUGUCAAAGUUGAAUAAACUACAAUCAGAUGUUAUUUUGACCUUGUGUGAGUUGGAGAAAAUUUUCCCGCCAUCAUUUUUCGAUGUUAUGAUACAUCUGACAGUCCACUUAGUAAGAGAAUUGAGAUUAUGUGGACCAGUUUUUUACAGAUGGAUGUAUCCAUUUGAACGUUUCAAUAAAAUAUUGAAGGGUUAUGUAAGAAACCGAUUCUAUCCGGAAGGUUGUAUAGCUGAAGGUUAUCUGAAAGAAGAAUCUAUAGAAUUUUGCACCGAGUUCUUUAGCGGGAGUAGCAGGACAGCAGGGCUUCAGAAUGAUGAAAAAGUUUCUGGUCCAGUAGGUGGUGCAACAAUGAAGUCAGUUCCAGAAAAAGAAAGAAGUGAGGCGCAUCUUGCAGUCCUCCUCAAUAAUACUGAAGUGGAACCAUAUGCUAGGUUGCAUAAACAAUAUUUGGAAGGCAUAUAUCAAGGGAAGAAGAAGAGUGUGCAGUGGCUAUUGGGAGAGCACAAUCGACAAUUUGCCGAUUGGUUUGAACAAAAAGUCAGUACAGAAAUGAGGGAAAAUUCUGGAGACGUUUCUGAAACAAUACGAUGGUUGGCUGGAAAACCUUCAUAUUCAGUGUUGACUUAUGAAAGUUAUGUUGUUGACGGGGUCCGUUACCACACAAAAGACCGAGAUAAUGCAAGGGUAGUUCAGAAUAGUGGGGUGUCGUUGGUUGCUAGGACAGUCCAAGUGUCUAGUGCUAAGGAUGUAAAUCCUAUAGAGAGCGAACUAACAUUUUAUGGGGUUAUCAAAGAAAUAUGGGAGUUAGACUACCACGCAUUCAAGGCCCCUUUGUUUUUAUGUACAUGGGCUUCAAAUGACAGAGGUGUCAAGUCUGAUGAGCUUGGUUUCACGCUUGUGAACUUCAAUCGGCCUGGUCACAAAAAGGACAAAUAUGUCUCAGUGGACCAAGUCAACCAAGUUUUUUAUGUAGAGGAUCCAAGUGAUAAAAACUGGUCUGUUGUGCUAUCAUCGGCAGCUAGAGACUACCAUGAUGUGUACAAUGAAGAUGCUCCAGAAGACAACUCCUGGAACCCUCCCCCAUUCUGUUCUCAGAUCCCUACAUGUGACCCUCAUGAUUCCGAUGAUGCACGUGUUAGUAAUAAAAGAGAAAAUGUUGAAGGGAUUUGGUUGAAAAGUCCAUAG